CCAUCGAUAUUGCCCUGCGUCUCAUCUCUACCAAGUAGCCACCUCAUCUUGUCAGCCGUAGAUUUUAUAGGAUUUAAAUUGCGAACUAUGGCGAGGGCGGCUUUCAUCGUGUGCCUACUGAUGGCCUGUGCCUGGGGCAGCCACGCCGUCAUGUUCAAGCUGACGCCGAACACCCAGAAGUGCCUCAAGGAGGACAUCCAGGCGAACCAACUGGUGAUGGGCGAGUACGAGGUUUCCGACGUGCCCGGCCAGAUCAUCGACUACAUAGCUCGCGACACCAAGGGACACAUCCUGUCGCAGAAGGAGCACAUCACCAAGGGCAAAUUCAGCUUCAUGUCCGAGGUGUACGACGCCUACGAGAUCUGCUUCAUAUCCAAAGUACCUGCACACCAACGCGGCAUUGUUCAGGAAGUAUCUCUGCAGACGAAAAAGGGUGUGGAAACCAAGAGCUACGAAGGCAUUGGUGAGGCCUCCAAGCUGAAGCCCCUGGAAGUUGAUCUUAAGCGUUUGGAGGACCUUUCCGACUCCAUUGUGCGGGACUUUGUUCUUAUGCGCAAGCGGGAGGAGGAAAUGCGCGAUACGAAUGAGAAAACCAACAGCCGCGUCCUGUUCUUCAGCAUCUUUAGUAUGUGCUGCCUUUUGGGUUUGGCGACGUGGCAGGUUCUGUACCUCCGCAGGUACUUCAAAGCCAAAAAACUCAUCGAAUAGUUCGCCCAGCCCCCCGUAGUCUUAAUUCGUGCGUGGUUUAGAUUUCCUCAUUUUCCUCAUCUUUUGAACGUUUUUCCGAAAUAAAUGCAACUACCACGUA